GCGAACUACGACAGUCGCAUCUCGCCGGCGUUCGCGCUGAUUCAUCUUCGGCUCACUGAGUCUUCGGCACAAGCCACGUCGCUAUCGCACGCAGCUCCGCAAGCUCGCGCCGCGUCCCCAAAGCUUCUGAAGCCUGAGAGAGCUCUCGCCGUCCGGCGGACAGCACUCACAAAUGACGCAACCAUGGGACUACAUCGCGAAAAUAGUAUCGCUAGGUGACUCAGGAUGCGGGAAGUCUAGUCUCACCAUCCGCCUCUGCGAAGGCCGCUUCUCCCCGCACCACGACGUAACCAUCGGUGUGGAGUUCGGUUCCCGCAUUGUCCCCGUUGGCCCGCCCGCCUCCCUCGACCUCCAUAUCAACAACCCCAAAGCCGCUUCUAGUCCCUCGCCCACAUCUCCUACAAAGAAGAACCAGGAACAGCCGCAAAAGCACAUGAAGCUCUCGCUAUGGGAUACUGCAGGCCAGGAAACAUAUAAGAGUAUCACGAGGAGUUACUUCCGCGGUGCAUCGGGUGCGCUGCUAGUGUUUGAUAUCACGCGGAAGAAUACGUUUCUCAGUGCGACGAGCUGGCUGCACGAUUUACGGCAGAUUGCAGAAGAGGGAAUCGUGGUGGUACUAGUGGGGAAUAAGAGCGAUUUGGCCGCUGCGUCGACGGUGUCGGGGCAAAACGGAGACAAUCAGCGGCAGGUUACGAAAGAGGAGGCGGAGGAAUGGUGUCGCCAGAAUGGCGUCAUGCAGUACGUCGAGACGUCCGCAAAAUCCGGCGAGGGCGUAGAAAGAGCCUUUCUGGAGGUUGCGGAGCGGAUAUACCAGAAUAUCGAAGCCGGGAAAUAUGAUUUGAACGACCGCAGAUCUGGAGUCAAAGGGCCGACCGCAGGAGGUGGGAACCAGGCGAGGAUCAACCUAGGCAUGAAUGAUGCGGCGAGAGGGCGGAAAGGGCAGCAGGGGUGGGGUGGUUGCUGCUAAACGGUCGCGGUGUGGUUCAAGUGCUAAUGUCUGCGAUAUAUUGCUGCAGGUAACUGGCACGUUACGGCCGAGGUGGUACGAGUACAUCCGUCUGAUUUCGAACUUGGUAUAAACAGACUUGCAUUGCGAGGCGUUGGUUGGGACAUAGAAUCUGCUUGGUGG